CUGAGGGGUUUCUGAGUUUACUGACGCCAAGGCUGUUUACGGUCGCUAAGACCGUGAACUGAAACCACAAACCGUGAACCCAAGAAGUGAAGCGGUGCGUUUUGGUUCAGUUCACUGAGUUCAAGGACGCGUUUUGAUGUUCAUGACCGUGAACUGAUGUCUAAGACCGUGAACUGAUCAAUACAGCCGUGAACUGAGGUCUAAGACCUUGAACUGAUCAAUGCAGCCAUGAACUGAAGCCUAAGACCUUGAAGAGAGCCCAGUCUGGUUAUAAAAGGAGAAGGGGGUUGAAGGAGAAGGGAGAGCUUUUUCUAGGUUUUUAGUUUUGAGAAUAAAAGAGGGUUUCUAGUGAGAUAUUAGGGUUUCCUCUUCCUAUUCUAGAGAGAGAAAAUGCAUUCAAAGGAGGAAGAAGGAGAUUGGGUGUUCUUGGGCAUUGCAUGCCUCCUAGGAUAGUUUAGAGAGGAAACCUCCUUUAUCUAAAGAGGCUCAAUUGGAGCUGGGUUUCCUUGGCCAUUCAAGGCCUCCUAGACUAGUUUAGAGAGAACCCUCCUUAACCUAAGAGGCUCUAUUAGAGAUGGGUUUCCUUGGGCAUUUCAUGCCUCCAAUUCUAGGUUAAUUAAGGGAAAACCUCCUAUCUUGUAUUAGCACUUAGGGUUUGGUUGUGGGUGGUCGUCUGAACUCCAAUUCGAGGGUGAAGUCUAACCAUUCCUUAGUCGAUAGGUUGAGAGGGUCGCAUUAGCGGUUUGGAUCAUAUCACGUUUCUUCAACCUAGUGACUAAGAGGGUAGCCUUGGCUACUUGUUAGACUUCCCUGCCCUUUAUAACCCCCUAACCACACACGGUCGUUCGAUUCAUCAAGUUGUUAUUAUUAGCUAGAGGGAGCAACACCCGGGUGAACACUUUUCUUAUUGGGACAACCUCGAUUUACUUUAUUUGCUUGUUUUAUUUGUAUUUUUCUUAGUUUUAAACCCAAAACUGUUUUGCUAGAUAAAAACCUAAGCGAUUGAAGUAGUGGUACAUGGAUCGGCUCAGGUUUGACGAUCAAAUACUUGCCCUAUACUGCACCCAACUGGAGUUUAAAAACUUGGGCUCUAGUCGGGAUUAAUUCGCCGUGUAGUUCCGUUGUUGGGGAAUCACGGUCCAUUAUUUGAAAAGGUGGCUUAGUUUUACUCUAGCAUUUUCUAUCUUGCCUUUUUGUUUGUGUUUUGUGUUUUGUGUUUCGUGUGUGUUUUGUUUACAGUCUUCGUCUUGAGGUUGGUUUGUGUGUGUUUGAUUGUCCUUUUUAGUGUUUUUGUGUUUGUAGGUAUUGGAUCAUGGAUCCUUAUGAUUUCUCCCAAUUGUGGGGGUCUCCACCAACACCUAAGAGUGGUUUCCCCCAAACUUCAUGGGACAAUCAAGAAAGGGGAAGUCAAGGAUCCGGAUUCUACUACCAACCUCCCUUCCAAGAAGAGGAACCAUGCUCAUGGGGAUACCAGGAAGAUUCUCCAUAUCAAGAAGGUUUCCCUCCACAACUCGAAGUGAAAUCCAAGUUGGAGUUGGCCAUGGAGGCUUUCAUGGGACAAACCUUAAGACCAUGUGCCACUCCACAACUGGAGCCAAAGAGAAAAUUAGAGCUCAUGGUGGAGCGAUUCGCCCGGGGCACCGAUGAAGGGUGCUCUAGCAAGGACCUCCCAAUUGCCAACCAUCUCGACUCAAUCUUUCUUUCAGAAUCGGAGGAGCUCCUUCGACACACGGAGAGGCUAAAAGGUUUUGUUGAGCAAUCAUGUGCACAACUUGCUCACAAUCGACUCCUACCAUUGGAAGAAGGAAGGGAGGUCGAAGAGGCAAGCCAUGAGAACUUUGGAAGAAUGAGCUCCGACAUGGAUUUACAACCCCUCGCUCCACCCGAUUUGACACUUGAAGAGAAGGUGGCACGAGCUUGUGCAAGCUAUCGCCUCUCAUCAUUGGAGAAGAAAGAGGAGGUUGAAGGAGAGAUAAAUGAAAACCGUGUGGAGCAAGACGAACUCACCCCGGAGAGCACCCAUGGUGAGGAUGCACAAGAGGGUUGCAUUGAUGACUUUCACGCCCUUCCCGAGAGCAACUUUGAAGACCAAGUCACGAGUGUGGAGGAGCAAGAGAAUCCUUUUUAUGAUCUUGCAUGGCAUCUUGCUAUCCAAACCGUGCUUAAGGGCAUGAAUGGGAAGGGGGAGGAAGAGCAGGAAGAAAACAUUGAAAAAGGGGAAGAUCUUGAUUGUUCCCAAAAAGAGGAAAGCAAAGAAGAAGGAGAUUGGGCUUGCCCUAAACUAGAGGAAUGAAGAUUCUUACCUCUCAAGGGAGAUUCAAGCAAGGAGGAAGGAAGAUUGUCAUAUCUUCACGGUUCUCUCUCCUCUUUUUUGUUUUCUGUUGCCUAGCUAUGGAAUAGCCUACAUAUUCACUUGGGUGUUGUGAAGCCUAGCUUGAAACAUGUCAAUUUGAGCUUUGUUUCCUUGGGCAUUCAAGGCCUCCUAUACUAGUUUAGAGAGAACCCUCCUUAACCUAAGAGGCUUAAUUAGAGAUGGGUUUACUUUUUCAUUUUAUGCCUCUUAUUAUAGCUUAAUUAAGGGCAAACCUCAUA